AUGAAAAAUCAGAAAAGAGCCACUUCAUUUAGUCAAUGCCCGCCGCCAAUUCCAGAUGAUACUCCAGUAAUCAACGAUGUACAAAUUCAACCUGAUCCUCCAAAAGCUGGUUCUACCCUCCAUGUUACAGGUUCAGCAACCACCAAGAAGGAUGUUACAGAUGAUGAUUUCCUCGGUCUUGGAAUUUUCGAUAUUGACUUUGACCAUACAUUCACUCUACCAGACAACAUACCAGAUCAAUACGUCCUUGGACUUGGAAUUGGUCCCUCACAAGAUCCAACUGAAACGAAAGCUUGUGGCCAGG